AGGCGUCCUGUGCGGACUCGCGGCCGCCGCGUCGUUACUCGUUACCGUUAGUCGUACGUCGCCUGCCGUGCCCACUGCACGGCUGCUGCUCCCGCUGACGAUCUUCGCUCUGCUUUGCACUGCGCGACUUCCCUGUGAUAUCCCUGCCGGAAGACAUGGAGUUUAUACGCUGGUGGUGGUCGCUGGCUAUCCUGGUGGUGAUGUUGUCUUUCGUCGCCGCUGGAGAGGAUGUGUGGGAGCGAGAAGGCGAACAUGACUUGCUCGUGCGCAACGCAAGGGGCGCUAAGAAUAGAGAGACUUGCCGCUACGUGCGAGGCGCUUGGUCCGAGUGCGACCCGAAGACUAACAUCCGCUCCAGGACUCUCACGCUGAAGAAAGGUGAUCCUACCAGCUGCGAACGCGCUAAGACUAUACAAAAAAAAUGUAAAAAAGCCUGUCGUUACGAGAAGUCUUCUUGGAGCGAGUGCAGUCCUAACGGAGAAAUGUCGCGGACGGACAUGCUAAAGACCAACAGUGACCCCACGUGCGACCAGAGCCGGCGCAUCACCAAGAAAUGCAACAAAAAUAAACAGAUUAAAGCCACUAAAGACAAGGGUCGCAGAAAUCGUCAGUAAGUUUUCAGAUGAAAUUCAUUUUAAUCGACUAAAUUUUUCAUUACAAAAUGAAUGAUGUUUGAUCGUUGGUUUUAAUUAUUGUAAUAGUGCCAAAAUAGAAUCAAUACAAUACAUGUGUUUCGACAUUCGAUUAUUAUUAUUAGACUCGAUAGCUACGAUCUACAAUAUAUGUAGCAUUACAGUAACCUCUAUUAUAUACUAGACGCGAUUUGUUUUCAUUAUUUAUAAGUGGAAUCUUUGAUAUUAAUAAAUGAGUAC